CACCCAAGAUCGCUAUCGUCUAUGUAAGUUUUCUUCUUCUUCUUCUUUUCUUCCCCUAUUCUACACAGUUACCGAGGUCGAGGGCGUUUGGGCGACCCGUUUGGAUGCAGGGGGAAAGGAUUUGGAACAUCCCCGAUGAAGACCGAACCUAGACUCCAUACCUGUCAUGAUUCAUGACUUAACUGAGUCGAACGCCCGAACGUCUCGAAAUUCCUCUCCACUUCGAGUUGUGAUUUCCUAGCAUUGCAGCGACUAAUGUGUGUCUUGCUAUAGUACUCCACUUACGGCCAUGUCCGCAAGCUAGCCGAGGCCGAAAAGCGCGGCAUUGAGAAGGCCGGCGGCACCGCUGAUCUCUUCCAGUAGGCGCCUUUGCUCGCUUUCCGAUCCCCUUGCCUAUUAUCUGCUAACCGAGAAACCGCAGGAUCCCCGAGACCCUCUCUAAGGAGGUCUUGGCCAAGAUGUAUGCGCCUGGCCCGGCUGCUGAUGUUCCGGUCCUGUCCGACCCGAGCACUCUCGAGUCGUACGACGGCUUCCUGCUUGGUAUCCCGACUCGUUACGGAAACUUCCCCGCACAGUGGCGUGUGUGGUGGGACCAGACCGGAAAGCAGUGGCAGAGCGGAGCUUUCUACGGCAAGCUAGCCGGUCUCUUCAUCUCGACCGCCUCUCUGGGUGGUGGUCAGGAGUCGACUGCUCUGGCGGCCAUGUCCACCUUCGCCCACCACGGCAUCAUCUACGUCCCCUUCGGUUACGCCAAGGCUUUCGGCACUAUGACCGACCUUUCUGAGGUCCACGGCGGUGGUCCCUGGGGUGCUGGUACUUUCUCCGCGGGUGACGGCUCGCGCCAGCCCAGCGACAAGGAGAUCUCCAUCGCCGAGAUCCAGGGUGCUGAGUUCUACAAGACCGUCGCUAAGUUCGCUUCCGGAUCGGCGUGACUACAUGACAGUAAAGAGGAAGAGAAGCCAGCUGCUACCACUCCUGCUCCUGUCGCACAGACAGAAGGAAAGAAAGAAAAGAAGCAGAGCGAAGGGCCUUGCGGUUUACCUACGAAGUGCAUAAUAAUGUAAUUUCACCAACUUGGAAGAUAUCAUAAUCAGGACAAAUAAAUAGAAUAGUUUGAAGACCUAAAUGGAUAAUCCAUUCUUUACUGUGAGGACUCGA